AUGGCUGGCGUCGCGCCGCCGGCGGGGAGCAGCGCGAUUCCCGACCUGAACGAGCCUUUCAUGGAGGAAGAUGUAGACGCCGCUAGGGCAAAUAUUCCCGCCGACAUGGUGGUCGGCGUAGACGCCGCUAGGGCAAAAAUUCCCGUCGACCCGACCAUCCCCCUACCGCCAGGGACGAAAGGGGCUCCCGAACCCGAGCCGGACCGGUACUCGCCGCGUUCAGACACGGAGCAGCCGCCGCCAAUUGGACCAUUUCCAGAAAACGACUACAUGUAUCUGACCGUAGAGGACUUGUUGGCAGCCGACGAGAAAGAUGACGCCUUCCUGCAAAACAUUCCGCGCGACGAUUUUGCGGAAGCCGCCUUUGACAUCAACAAAGAGCUCGCCAAGAAGAACAGAUUGCUGAGGAUGAUGUGGGGUUUCCGGCAUCUGGACACGCUGGAGGCGAGAACGACCCGGGUUCAGUACCUGCGGGCGCUGCUCGACUUCAGAAGAUGGUGCUGCGCGAACCUUCCAAGACAGCAAACCGCCAGAGUCAAGGGGGACGGCGUGCUGGAACACGAGGACGAGAUAGGGAGGUACAUCGACGAAGACAUGGCGCUCCAGACAGCCUGCAAGGUCGAGGGGACGCUCUUCGGGGUGAAGGAGCUCCACAUCAUGUACGACAUCUCCGAGUUCCGCUCGGAGGUGCGCGCGAUGGUCAGAGAGAAGUGGCACAGGGACGACAGGGAUUGCGUCGACCGGCACCGCGGAAUGCUCGGCGACACGUACACCACCGACCAGAUCCGCCACCUCAUGUUCAAGGUCUUGCCGACCUGGGCAGCUCGGGCGUACGAACCCAAAGCGGCCACCCCCUCCCAGACACUGUGGAAGUUUCUGCUGAUGAAGACGAUGACCCUCUUGGGUCACCACACCCUUCUCCGCGGAGCCAGUCUCCGAGCGAUCGAGCUUCCCGACCUGUUUUUGUACAAAAUGGGGAGCGCGUCGCCCGAGCACUCCACGCGACGGCCGGUUGUCAUGGUCGUCGCGUCACGAAACUCCAAGACGAACAAGGAUGCUCGUCUGCAUCACAGCUAUGCGGCGAGACACCUGGAGCAAGAGAUAUGCGCCGUUGGUCACACACUGUUGUGGCUGCACUUCGUGUACGACCAGCUGAGCCGCUCGCCCACCUCUCGAUGUGUGCCGCCCCUCGACUUCACAACUCCGUACAGCUGGUAUCACAAGCACCUCUUUCAUGCUCGGAACGACAAGGCACAAAAAGAGCUGCCGGCUUCAUCUCAUUCUCGGAUCAUGAAAGAGAUGUGGCGGACGAACAAGAUCUUCAUCACGCGCAACACCCACGCCGCCCGGGCGGGUGGGGCCCAGGAGCUGGCCGACGACGGCGUUCCGCGAUUUGAGAUCGCCGACUUGGGCCACUGGGCGCUCGACAAACUCGCGAAGAGCUACAUCACGACCAUCCCGAAGGCGGCGGUGUUGAGAAAGGCCGGCUACACGGGCAAGCGCGGCGACUACCACCUCGGCCGGAGCAUGGUGAAGCCCGACGACAAGGUGGUGGCCCUCAUCGCCCAGCACAUCUUUCCGUGGGCUGAAGCGGAACUGGCCAAGGUGAGCAUUUCGGACGGCAAAAACGCCGACAACCCGCCGACCAUCUCCACGACGACAUUAUACCGACGGCUGAUUGUGUUUGUGUUUGUGUUCGACUCGCAGGCGGUAAGGUGCGCAUCCGCGAGAGAGCCCAACACGGCCGGGGUGCACUUCCUGCAAUCGCUCAUCGAGUUCGGCCGCCGAAUCGUCGCCGAGGAUCUUGUGUGCAUGCUGAUGCGCGAACCGUGGCACCCGUACAUCCAGAGUUCCAAGCUCUGCCGCGACCCCGACUUCCAGAAAUGGGCCAAGGACGUCAACAAGGUGGACGUCGAAACCAUCGCGACGCGCAGUACUCCGAGCGAGAACCCCCAAGAGGUCGAAAAGGGCGACAAACCCGCCGCAUCGGCGAAGUCGGCGAAGAGCUCUCGUCCCACGACCGAGGUGGGUGAGACGGGGAAAAACGAUGCGCUGCAGCAAUGCACUCGCCGGAUGAGGCGGAUCAUGGAAGCAGUGCACGACUUGCGGCGGAGCGACGACGCCGCUGACACCGCCGCCGUCAUCAAGCUACUCGACCACCUGGGGCGAGCGGGGCUUUCCACUUUCAGCGACGCGCUCUUGGUCCUCCGUGCAACCCCGCCCAUCAAGGUCCCCACCACAGCCGACGGAAAGUCGGUCGGCAUCAAGGGUCUGGACAAGCCGCUGGCGAGGAAGCUCGCCGCUGCGUGGGGUAUGGUCACGGCGGGCUACAUGGACGCUGACUGGGGAAAGAGGCUCUUCGGCGACUUGUGGGAUGAGCAGGCCAAUAAGGCCGGCUUGGAGGCCGAGGCGACUGCGAAAGCCAUCGGCGUAGGGAAGCGCAAGAGGGCGGGCUGA